CGCCGAGGUCUGUUUAUUUUUGAUUUUUCGUUAGAUAGCUGUAGCUCCACGUCGGCAAUUUGCAAGAGUAAUGCGCUUCUUCGUCGUGCCUCGUCCCGUGCAACGUAUUCGAAAAACAAUUGAUCUAUAGCAGCAAUUGCCAUGGAAACGAAAAUGAGCAGCUCCGAGGAAGUGUCCUGGAUUUCGUGGUUUUGCGGCUUGCGCGGGAACGAGUUCUUUUGCGAGGUGGAUGAAGAUUAUAUUCAAGACAAAUUUAAUUUGACGGGACUGAAUGAACAAGUACCACAUUAUCGUCAAGCAUUGGAUAUGAUUCUCGAUCUUGAACCUGAUGAUGAUUUGGACGACAACCCAAAUCAAUCAGAUUUGGUCGAACAAGCAGCAGAGAUGCUUUAUGGUCUUAUUCACGCACGAUAUAUACUUACCAAUCGUGGCAUUGCUCAAAUGAUCGAAAAAUACCAAGCAGGCGAUUUCGGCCAUUGUCCGCGAGUUUACUGUGAAUCCCAGCCGAUGUUACCGUUAGGCCUCAGCGAUGUUCCCGGUGAGGCAAUGGUCAAGAGCUACUGUCCCAAGUGCAUGGACGUUUAUACGCCAAAGAGUUCGAGACAUCAUCAUACCGAUGGAGCUUAUUUUGGAACAGGAUUUCCACACAUGCUGUUCAUGGUUCAUCCCGAAUACAGACCGAAACGUGCGGCAAAUCAAUUUGUACCUAGAUUAUACGGCUUUAAAAUUCAUCCUCUAGCAUAUCAGAUUCAGCAACAAUCUGCGUCCACGUUUAAAGCACCUUUACGGGCUCUUAACUACAAUAAUGGAAAACGUUAAGGUCAUUUCGGAAUAGCCUAGAAUACUUCUUUUUAUUACUCGCAAUUUCUAAUUUCGUUCUGAAGAUUCAAAUAAAAUAUUUUUUAUAUCUCUGUUUCUCCUAUGCAAUAUGUUUCUGCGCAAAUAGGACAUUUCCUAAAGAGUCGCUCCUUGCAACUCUAUCCACUCAUUAUCUCAUUGCUUUUACAUUUUCGGAAUAUCCGAUAUUACCUAAAGACACAAGAAGAAAAAGAGGAGAGGGAAGAAAGAAAGAGAGAGAGGGGAGGGGGGCAAGCAUUUAAUUUUGUGUAAAUCAUUGUCAUAAUUUGAAUUGUAGCAAAAAUAUUGUUUUCAAUAAUCGUUUACAUAAAGAAUCAAUAUGUUUUUGUAUAGAAACUUUGAACAUAAUUCACAAUCAUUAAAGGAUAAAAAAAAAAUAAAAAAAAAACACUAUAUAUAGAACAAUUGCGUUAGAUCGUAAAUAAGGAAAGACAUGAAUGAUUAUAGGAUAGAAUACACAUCUGUUUUGUACGAGAGUCGUUCGCAUCACUGUAUUUGCUGCCAAGUAGUUCCUAAAAACGUGCAGAAGCGGACUUCCUAAAAAGAGAAUCGAGAAGUGGAUAAAGAGAAAGAGAGAGUACUCUGAGUUUCGCAUUGGUUCUUUUCAAGACGAAAAAUAAUGUAUAAAGGAGAAUAUAGCUAUUAAGUGUAAUUUAAUUUAAUUAUCGAAGUAAUUUGUGUGCGAACUGUGACAGAAACAAUUUAUUGAUAUGUAAAAUCGUGUAGAUAAUAUAUAUAUAUAUAUAUAUAUAUAUAUAUAUAUAUAUAUAUAUAUAUAAAUAAUUUAUUUUAAUGCCAAAAAAAUUAUUGAACUCGAGACAAAGUAAUUUCAAGAAACGAAAAAUCGUGCACAAUGUUCCAUGAAAAAGAUUAAAAUAGAUGAUUAUCUUCGUUUCUAUCACAGUUUUCGAAACGUUUUUAUUGACAUUUAGCAUUGGUGAAAGGAAGAUUUCGCGCGAAAAUUUAGAAAAUAAAAAAAAUUCUGUGUACAAUUUUUAACGCAGAACAACAAAGCUACUAGUAGUAUUUUCUUCAUUUCGUUUAAUUAUUCGCGAAGUAAAGUUUUAAGUCAAAUAGAUUUUGUAUCCAAAUUAAUUGAUUUUUAAUAGGGAAAACUACGAUAUCGUAUUUGCACUUAAAAUUAAAGUACGAUUUAUUUACA